CAACGCAAGUCAAUAAUUAUUUGAUCAAUAAAACAAACAUUUGUUGUGAGAUAUUCUCACAAAAUACACGAUAUUUUAUUUUAUUAUACAAUAAACGCAUUUUGUGCAUUUUAUAAUAUUGCCAUUUCAAAAUGGAUGAUGCAGUGGCAGAUGUUCUUAAAACCAUCGGUUGGGACUCCGGUUUCCGACUACCAAUCGCAAAUGAAGAAAAUCAAGCAUUGGAACGCGAGCUUGCUCACUUAGUUAUCAAGAAAAGCGCAAUGGGAAAAGAGUACGAUGAUAUUUCAAAUCGCUGCAAGAAUCUCCAAGAGCAUUUGAAGUAUGUAAGACAGGAGGUUGGCCAAAACCAGACCCUUCUUACAACGUACAAUCAGCAACUCGAUAACGAAAAACAUAAACUCAAGCUGAAACAAGCCGAAAAGGACAACACAUUGUCGGAAUGUAAACGAUUGGCUAAACUCACAGAAGAUAUUCGAUCACGUAUCAAUUCCAAAAAACUUCUCCUAGCUAGAAAGCUUUCCAAGUUAGAGAAAAUGAAAACCGAAGCGGAAUGGGAUACGCAAGCAAUGAAGGCGUGGGAGGAUUCAGUUAAAAAACGGGACGACGAUAACGAACUGCUUAAAAAGUUCUCUGAUGAGGACAAGAAAAAACUCAGCGACUUAGAAACCAGAGGCAAGAGUCUGCGUAACGAGGUUAGUGUGAGAAAAGCCAUGUUAGCCCAGAUGGACGUCGAUGUUAUGAACUAUGAGCAAGUGCUAAAACGCACUGGCAAGAUGUUGAGUUCCAUGAAAGACGAAAGGAUUGCAUUAGUAAAACAAUGGCAAGAAUCUGUGAAGAAUCUACGGCAAAAAGACGUUGAUAUUAAAAGAGCUCAUUUUUCUAUUGAAAACAUUCAAGAAACUAUUAAGCAAAAACGAGGAGUGAUGGAAGAAGAGGAAGCAUUUCUAGCAAACGAAACGAAUGCCAACAAAUAUAUUCGGCUGGAAAUUAAUGAGGUGAAUGCAUCGAGCCUUCGAUUGCGUAAGGAAUAUCAUCAUGCUAUUCAAGAUAAUCAACGUCUUAUCAAUGACCACACUAACAAGAAAAAAGCCAUCCAACGUGGUGCAGCCGACAUGAAUAGGGCCAAAUCUCAUAUUAAACAAGUUAGUAAACUGAAGGAGAACUACCAGUAUCGAGUUAACAAAAUCAAACAAGAUAUGGAGUUGAUGCGUGAACAUGACCGUAUGAUAUCGGAGCAAAGUUCAAGCGCUUCGAAAAACGCCGAUAUCAUUGAUCGUAUGAUUAAAGAAGCCGAAAAGGCUGGUGGGAUAUUAACCAGGCAAAUGCAAGCUUUGCUAAAUAAGCAAUAUAAAAUAAACAGUGCAACCGCGGAACUUGCUGAAAUCACCAAUGCAACUAAAGCGGAAGUAUGUGCUUUUGAAAAUGCCUUAGCGCAAAUUCGGAAACGUUCAGCCGCUGCCACUCAAUCACUGAUUCAUAAGAAACAAAUCUUGAGUGACUUACAAAUGAAAGUCGCUUGUAUUGAAGCGCAAAUGGGCAAUACAGACCCGGAUGAUAUGCAGGACUUUGAAGAAAUGUGGAGGACUAAAAUUCAGGACCUAGAAGAGGUUCAGGAACAACAUCUCGAGAUUAAAAAUCUUUUACACGGGCAAAUCCUUAAACUUCAGAAGGAAAAUCUACGAAUAGUUAAUACAAUGUCCAACGAUGCUGGAGCUCAUCAAAUUUUAAAGGAUAAAUUACAAUCCUUGUGCCUACAGAUUGAAGGUGGUAUUAAACAGGCAAAAGCAGAAACUUUACGCACUCAGCAAUUGCAGGUCGCGGAGAAUCUUAUCAAACUCAAAGUGGAUAAACUUCAAAAUGCAUUGAGUGAUGCAGAUGAAGAGAUUUACAACAUGCAAAAUUAUAAAAUUGAUUUGAUUGCUACUCUCAAAGAAAGGCACAUUGAGCUAUUGGCUGCAAGAGAUGUGCUGUUUGCCAAAAAGAAAAACUUGGAUGAAGACAAAAGUCGUUUGAAGGCGGAUAUCUCACAAAGAUGUGUAAAAAUUCAACAGUUGGAAAACAAAUAUAGUCUGUCUUUGGGAAUGCUGGGAAAGGACGAAGCCGGAGACACAAUGUCUGUCGCCGCAUUUAAAGUUCGAAUAGCUCAGGAAAAGUAUGAUUUACAGCAGGAGGGAGAUGAAUUGGAUAAAAAGAUACGAAGAAGCGAGCAGGAAAUUGUCGCUAUGGAGAAUACGUUAAAGGUAGUCAACAUGACAAACAAAUCUUUCAAAGAUAGCCUUACUAUUGUAGAUGAAGAGAGUCGUGAUGCCGAGGAAAUGGAAAGAAUGCAGGAAGAAUUCACGAAAAAGUGUGGGAUUUUGAAGGAAAAGAAACAUGACUUGUAUCUUAAAGUUGACCAACAAAAAGAAUUGCAAAGAGAACUAGAUCAUUGUAAUGAAAUUAAGAACAUUACACAAGCAGAGUUGGACAAGCUAGAAGAGACUUUAUUGCAGUUCUUAAGAGAACACGAAGCCAGAGAAGUGAAGAUUGGACGCGCCUCGGACCAUAUAAAACAAUGUUUGAGAAAGAUAGACUGCCAACAAGUGGAAAAAUAUGACCGUGAAUUGUACAUAAGACAACUGCAAGACACCAACAAAUCCAUUAUGUACCAACUGGCCGACUUCGCGAUACAAUACCCAGAAACUAUGCCCGUGUUGCGUGCCAAAUUCGAACAGCACCAGCUCGAAAUGCCUCAACCACGCACAACGUUAAGUGCAUCCGUCAGUUCGGAUUCUGUCAAUUCUUUUCCGCCUUCGGAUACAUCUUCGCAUAGCAGCGGUCACACGCAUAGAACAGUACGCGUUAAGAAGCAAUUGCCAAAGCCAGAGAGGCAAAGCGCCGCGAAUGUUACAUGUUUAGAGCUCAAUUUAGACAUGCCUACUUCAAGUGCUUCGUCCAUCAGCAGUGGCAGUACUUCCAGUUUACGCAAAGACAAUAGCAAAGAGUCAAAAACCAAGCGCAAGUAAGAAUACAACCGCAUUGAAAUUAACCGCUUAUUAAAUUAUUGUGUGUCAUGUGAAUCACGAGUUAUACAAAUAAAAAAAUUACUCACUCUGA